AUGCUAGGUGAAGGCCAUCCGGUUACACUGGCAGCCAUAAACAAUCUAGCACUCGUCUUUGGUGAGGUGGGUUCCGAGUCGGCGGAACACGGCGAUACUUACAACAAGGAAUUGGCUCAGUUGGAAAGCAAGGCCAAAGACGCGCAAAAGCUAUACAGUGCUUUACAGCGAUCGAAAGUCCGCUUUGCAAAGAAGACAGUGCGAAACGAUAUUGCAGGGCGCAAUACUCUAUGA